GGAGAGAGGGGUGAGUGUGUUUCUUCCUGUUGGUAGCGUCAACCCCCCCAAUCAGGCGGUGGACACGGGGGUUAGCGGACCACGCAAGGAGAGAGUGCGUUGGCGCUGAGAGAUUUUUCCUUCGGAAAAAGAGAAUUCUGAUCGUAACGCCGCUCUGACUACCACCCACCUCUCCUGGCCAUCCAUUCACUUCAACGUGUGUCCAUCACGCGCAGACACGCACAGGCUCCCUGGCUGCUCGUCCACUCCAGUCAUGCCCGCCCCAUGUCGGCGCCGGUGACCUGCCCCUCGCCGCCCAAUACCCGUCACCGCCACACGCACGGUGCGAGCCUGGCACCACGAUCUGACAAUCCGGCAGCGGAAGCCGCCAUGUCCCAGGGCGGCGGCACGGCCGCCUUAAGCUCCAGCGGAGCGAUGUAUCACGUCGUUCCUGGCGGCGCCGGGCCCACAACCGUUCCCGCCCUCGGCAAGCGACGCCCGCCGUCCCGGCAGCCUCGCGUGUGCGUGGCGCUGGCGGUAGGGGCGGUGGCGCUGGUGGCGGUGGCGGUGGCGACGUGGGUGAUGUACGCGGCGUCGGUGCGUGCCGCCGGGGAGCGCGCCGUGGGGCGGCUCGUGCUGUCCACGGGGGGCCUGGCGCUGCGCGGCGCCGGCGCCGGCACCGGUACCGGCGACUCGAAGCCGGUGUUGAGGGUCGCCUUCGGGAGGCAGCGGGCGCGGGUGACGCUGGGCACGCUGGGCUCGGGCUGCGUGCACGGCAGCAAGCGCCACUCCCUCGACGACGACGCCGCCGCCGACGACGCCGACGGUGGCGGCGAGGUCAAAGGCGACGACGGCAGUUACAGCUACGACGACAACUGGCCGGUGGACGACGGCGAGUGCGUCCACGGCGAGAGCGCCGACGCCAAGGUCCUGGUGAAGAAGAUCGACGUCGGCGCCGCCGCCGCCGCGGCCUCCGCCGCCGCCGCCGCCGCCCCCGGCAACGCCGGCGAGGCCCCCAGGCCGCCGGCGGAGUGCUACAGCGUGACGUGGACGGCCUCGCGUCCCGGCGUGGCUCUGGAGGACUGCGUGGUGCUGGGCGACGCGCUCUGGUACGGCGGCGCCCAGAUGAGGGUGCAGCGCUGGCCGCUGGAGUUCGGCAACGCCGGGCGCGAGCCGGUGGCCUACGUGCCCGAGGACAUCUACUCCUUCCGCGAUCGCUUCGGGGCCGUCAUGGAGCGCUACUGGCUCUCGUCUCGCGGCACCUACAUCUUCGUGGCGGACGACGUCCCCCUCUACGUGAGCUGGUCCACGGUCGGCGGCGGCGCUAGCGGCGGCGAAGAGAAGGCGCUGUGCCUGCGGGCGCGGUACGGCCCCGACGGUCCGUACUGCGCGCCGAGCAACGCCUCGCGCGCGUUCCUCUCCUACGAGGUGUGCGUGGCCGGCGACGCGCGGGCGGCCCACGCGCUGGCGUCGUCGCGCCACCUGGGGUCUCCGUCGGCGCCGCCGGACGAGCGGAUGGUGCGCUGCCCCGUGUGGUCCACCUGGGCGCUGCACAAGCGCCGGCUCAGCCAGGCCAAGGUGGUGGCGCUCGCCGAGGCGGUGGUCCGACACGGAUUCAACCACAGCCACCUGCAGGUGGACGACGGCUACGAGGCGGCGGAGCGCUACGGCGACUACGGCUUCGACGGCCGCUCGUUCCCGGACCCGGCCGCGAUGGUGCGGGACCUCCGCUCGCGUCUCGGCUUCCGCGUCACGCUCUGGGUGCACCCGUUCGUCAGCUACGACGCCGAAGCCUUCCGCGCCGGCGUCGCGAAGGGGCUGUUCGUUCGGACGACGGCGUCCAACGCCGUCGACGCCGGCAGCCUGACGCCGGCGCUGGUGCGGUGGUGGCGCGGCGUCGCCGCCGUCCUCGACGUCACCAACCCGGCGGCGGUCGACGCAUUCGUGAACCGCACGCUGCGCUCGCGCCUCGCCGACGCCCUGGGCUUCAACUCCUUCAAGUUUGACGGCGGCGAGGCGAGUUACCUCCCGCGCGGCUGCGCCCGCACGCACGCCGCGCUCGCCAACCCGGCGUGGUUCUCGGCACGCUACGCCACGCUGGCGCGCCACUUCGGCCCGCUGGCCGAGGUGCGCGUGGCGUUCCGCACGCACGGCCUCGCCGCGUUCGUGCGCAUGGCCGACCGGGACUCGGUGUGGGGGCACGAGCUGGGGCUGCGCUCGCUCAUCCCGACGGCGCUCACGUUCGGGCUGCUGGGGUAUCCCUACGUGCUGCCGGACAUGAUCGGGGGCAACGCCUACGGAGCCGGCGGCGCGGCGCCCUCUUUCCGCGCCGGCGUGAAAGAGGCGGGAGCGGCGGAGCCGGGAGAGGAGGCGGACGGAGGCAUCGUGAAGCCGGACCGGGAGCUGUACAUCCGCUGGCUGGAGCUCAGCGCCUUCAUGCCGGCAAUGCAGUUCUCGGUGCCCCCGUGGCUCUACGACGAGGAGGUGGUCGCGAUCGCGCGCAAGUUCACGGCGCUGCGGGAGCAGGUGGUGGCGCCCGUCGUGAUGGCGGUGGCACGGGCGGCAGUGCAAGCCGGAGGUACCGCCGCCGCCGCCGCCUCUUCCUCCAAUAACAGCAAUGACGUCGGUGGCAGGGGUACCACCUCGUCGUCUAAAUCGUCGCCAACGUCGUUUUCCCCGCCGACGCCGAUGAUCGUCCGCCCCGUGUGGUGGGCGGCGCCGCGUGACCGCACGGCCCUCCGUCUCGACUCGGAGUUCCUGCUGGGCGACGCGAUGCUGGUGGCGCCCGUGCUGGAAGCCGGCGCCCGCGCCAGGGACGUCUACCUCCCCGCCGGGACCUGGUGCGCCCGCAUGGGCGGAGGCGGCGUCGCGAGCGGCGGCGGGAGGUGCCAUCCCGGACAGAAGUGGCUCCGCAAUUUCGAGGUGGCGCUGGAUGAGGUGGCCUACUUUGUCAGGAAGUCGUAGAGCCCACGGAAGGUUUUGUCGGAGUUUGUUUCAGAAAUUUUUAUUUUAUUUUUAUUUCAACGAAUGGGAAAUGAACUCGAGUGUCGGUUGGCAUGGUCAUCGCACUGCACUGUGAAGUUGGCGACCUGCAGUCUGGGCGCAUGACGACUAAUGCAAUUUUACAAGUUGCGUGGCAAACAGGGAUGUCCCACCUCCUCGCCCGCAAAGCCUCGCUCUCUCCCUUGGAACUGCAGACGGCAACACGGCAAACUGCUGUCACGCUCGCAGCCGAUUGGCUGAUGCUGUGGGAUGACGUCAUCCCUCUCAACCACUGCUGCAGUGUUGCAAUCCCGCUGGGACGUGCAAAGAACACGUUUUUACGUACGCCGUUUGGGAUGUUACGUACUUUGAUGUGCUUAGGCCUCCCUGAGUUCCAUUGGCAGCCACAAGUAACGUCAGUGGUUGAGCGAUAUCUGAACGAAUCAUCCGCCACUCUCACGGACCCGCACUGCUAGGCGUGGUGUAAUAUGGUCAGACAGCUACUUUGACCCGCAAGGAGCGGGCAGGCCGUCAUCCAGCAAAGGGCUUGGCAAGGGGCUGGAGAUGAUCAUCGCGUUACGAUCUGUCGUUUGGUUUCUGAAUUUACGACUGGAAUUUAGCAAGUUAUUUGAGUGGCUUGACAAUCGACAAGCAUUUCGAAAUGUCCUCGUUAAUUGUUUGUGUUGCCUUAUUACUUGUAUAUGUUCUGUAACUUAAAUGGGAUACUUGAAAAAUAACCAAGAAAGAUGUUUCUCAAGGAUUUGGCAAAUUAGUAAUCGAGCUUAAACAGAUUGUGAAUAUAACGGAUUCUGAUUUCUAUUUCUCUUUACAUUAAUUUGAUUAAAACUUACAUGUCAUUCAAUACUCGCAAGGAGUUGUGAUAUGACCUGGAAAACAUCUUUUUGGUUCUUUCGGUAAAGUCACGUAGA